AUGAUCUCGACAAUAUUGCCGGCCGACGAUCGCGCGCUGUUUCGAAAUUUCAAUUACAGAUCCGAUGUGGAGUACGCGAUAAAAGUCGCCAAAAUUCUCUUGACCCCCAUUGGCAUCUGGCCGCUUUACGGGGAUGAUUCCACUCUGGAUAGAAUCAAAUACGUUUUGCAGACGAGCGUCACGUUCACUCUGAUGUGUUUUCUGCUCGUCCCCCACGUUAUAUAUACCUUCUUCGAUGCGGAGGACUUGACCAGAUACAUGAAGGUGAUAGCCGCUCAGGUGUUCAGCCUUCUGGGAAUCAUCAAAUUUUGGACGAUGAUUAUUAACAAAAAUGAUAUCAAGUGCUGUUUGCAAGAGAUGGAGAUUCAAUAUAGGAAUGUGGAGAGUGAGGAGGAUCGACUGGUAAUGAUAAAGAACGCCAAGGCCGGCAGGCAAUUCACUAUGAUGUAUUUGGUGUUGCUUUAUGGUGGAGCGUUGCCCUAUCACAUAAUUAUGCCUCUGGUGGCGGAAAAGAUUGUUCGGGAGGAUAACACGACUCAUUUGCCUCUGCCUUAUCUCAGCGACUACGUCUUCUUCGUAGUGGAAAACUGGAACUCACCUUUCUAUGAGAUCCUCUUCGUUAUCCAGAUUAUAUUCAGUACUAUGAUCCUGUCAACAAAUUGCGGAGUUUAUAGCUUGAUUGCUAGCUGCGUGAUGCAUGCUUGUUGUUUAUUCGAGAUUGCUCGCAGACAUAUGGAAACGUUGUUGGUCGGUGGAACCGAUAAUCUUCAUGAACGAUUCGGCUGGAUAAUCACGCAUCACAUGCGAGCUCUCAGAUAUGUUGAGAUGAUUGAAAAUUCAUUAAGUUUCGUCUUUUUAUCAGAAAUGGUUGGAUGUACUAUUAUUAUAUGCUUCCUUGAAUAUGGAGUUCUCAAGGAAUGGGAAGACAACAAACUAUUUGGUGUGAUUAUAUAUUUUAUAUUAGUAAUUUCGAUUUUUGUAAACGUUUUUACCUUAGCAAGUAUCGGCGAUCGUCUCAAAGAAGAGAGUGUAAAAAUUGGAGAGGCAUCGUAUUCCAUUGACUGGUAUACGAUACCAACGAAAAAUAUAAACAGUUUAAUUAUGGUGAUGAUAAGGUCGAAUCGUCCGUCAACUUUGACAGCUGCUAAAAUGUUUGAUGUCUCUCUUUACAGUUUUUGCGACGUAUGCAAGACGUCAAUGGCGUAUUUUAAUUUUAUUCGAAUGGUUACAAUGUAAAACAUGAUUAUUCCAAAUACCAUUCCCUGAAAUAUUAAUU